GUCGGAGUACGUAAACACACACAUACACACUCUCACACACCUCCCUCCUCGCGCAUGCAGCUGCCACUUGCGGUAGUGACGAUGAUGAUGCUGGCGUGCAGAGGAGAACCAAUGACAGCGCAGGAUGCUGAGGGAGGCUGCUCGGCUGAAUGGAGGCGACGUGAUGCCGUUCGUAUAGCAGCGCAAGAGAGGAAUUGACAUCGAGGGAGGCGCCUCCCCGUUGCUCCUUCCGACUUUGACCAGCUCCACCUUCCCAAGGACGUAAAUCGAGUCACCCAUGUGCGGUUCAGCGCACCUGUGCAGUAUCAUCGCAGCGCGCCCCCGUUAAGGACCCCCCUGGUGGCCGUGCGGACGACUCACGGGACAUGUACGGCAGUGCCAGAGCUGUAGGUCACUUAGAGAGCAGCCCCGCACGCUCCCCGCGCCUGCCUCGGUCCCCCAGAUUGGGCCAUCGGAGGGCCAACAGCGGGGGCGGGAGCGGCGCGGGGGGCAAGACGCUCUCCAUGGAGAACAUCCAGUCUCUCAACGCUGCCUACGCCACUUCAGGCCCCAUGUACCUGAGCGACCACGAGGGCGUGGGCUCCACGGCCACGUACCCCAAAGGCACCACCACUCUGGGUCGGGCCACCAACCGGGCCAUGUACGGGGGCCGCGUCACAGCCAUGGGCAGUAGUCCCAACAUCGCUUCGGUGGGACUGCCCCAUGCUGACCUUCUGUCUUACAGUGACCUGGGCUCCAUCUCCAUGCUGCACGCCCACCACCAUCACCACCAUCAGGGGGUGCCCUCCGCCCUGCUCAGGCAGGCGGUGCGGAGCAGUGGGGGGGAACUGCUGGAGAUGCAAGCCCAGUUCAGGGAUAUGCAGAGGGAAAACGAGAUGCUGCGCAGGGAGCUGGACCUGAAGGACAGCAAGCUGGGCUCGUCCACUAACAGCAUCAAGAGCUUCUGGAGCCCGGAGCUGAAGAAGGAGCGCAUCAUGAGGAAGGAGGAGGCGGCGCGCACGUCUAUCCUGAAGGAGCAGAUGAGAGUCACUCAUGAGGAGAACCAGCUGCUGGAUGCCAGGAGAACAAAGCAUCUCCAGAUGACCAUCCAGGCUCUCCAGGACGAGCUGCGCACGCAACGCGACCUCAACCACUUGCUGCAGCAAGAGAGCGGCAACCGGUCCGGAGAGCAUUUCACCACCAUCGAGCUGACCGAGGAGAACUUCCGCCGGCUGCAGGCCGAGCACGACCGGCAGGCCAAGGAGCUCUUCCUGCUGAGGAAAACCCUGGAAGAGAUGGAGCUGAGGAUCGAGACGCAGAAGCAGACGCUAGGAGCUAGAGAUGAGUCCAUUAAGAAGCUGCUGGAGAUGCUGCAGAGUAAAGGGCUGCCCUCGGGGCCCGGCAGAGUUUCUGAGGAGGAGGAGCAGGAGAGGAACAGGCGCAUUGCCGAGGCGGAAGCCCAGCUGGGACACUUGGAGGUCAUUCUAGACCAGAAGGAGAAGGAAAACAUCCAUCUUAGGGAGGAAUUGCACCGCAGAAAUCAGCUGCACCAGGAUCCAAGCAAAACAAAGGCCCUGCAAACCAUCAUCGAGAUGAAAGACACCAAAAUUGCCUCCCUGGAGCGCAACAUUCGCGACCUGGAGGAUGAGAUCCAAAUGUUGAAGGCAAACGGCUUGCUGAACACGGAGGACCGCGAGGAGGAGAUCAAGCAGAUGGAGGUCUACAAGAACCACUCCAAGUUUAUGAAGACCAAGAUUGACCAACUCAAGCAGGAGUUGUCAAAGAAGGAGUCCGAGCUGCUGGCUCUGCAGACAAAGUUGGAGACCCUCAACAACCAGAACUCGGACUGCAAACAGCACAUUGAAGUGCUCAAAGAGUCUCUCACUGCCAAAGAGCAACGGGCAGCCAUCCUGCAAACGGAGGUAGAUGCUCUGCGUCUGCGUUUGGAGGAGAAAGAGUCCUUCCUCAACAAGAAAACCAAGCAGCUUCAGGACCUGACCGAAGCGAAAGGCACUCUUGCUGGAGAGAUCAGGGACAUGAAGGACAUGCUAGAGGUCAAAGAGAGAAAAAUCAACGUCUUGCAGAAGAAGAUUGAGAACCUCCAGGAGCAACUGCGGGAUAAAGACAAGCAGCUCAGCAACCUGAAGGACCGUGUCAAGUCUCUGCAGACCGACUCCACCAACACUGACACUGCACUGGCCACCCUGGAGGAGGCGCUGUCAGAGAAGGAGAGAAUCAUCGAGCGUCUAAAGGACCAACGGGAACGGGAAGACCGAGAACGUCUGGAGGAAGUCGACGCCUACAAGAAGGAGAACAAGGACCUCAAAGAGAGAGUCAAUAGCCUGCAGAUAGAAUUAACCGAAAAGGAGUCCAGCCUCAUCGAUCUUAAGGAGCACGCAUCUUCUCUGGCGUCUUCUGGCCUCAAAAAGGACUCGAAGCUCAAGUCGUUGGAGAUCGCCAUCGAGCAGAAAAAGGAGGAGUGCAGUAAGUUGGAGACGCAGUUACAGAAGCAAGCUGAGCAUCUUUUCAGUCACGUGAACAAUCCUAAGGCCCACGAAGUAGAGCAUCAGUCAGGCUCAAGAGGGAACCCGGAAUACGUGGACCGAGUGAAGCUGCUGGAGAAGGAGGUGAGCUACUACAAGGACGAGGCCAGCAAGGCUCAGACGGAGGUGGAAAGGCUCCUGGACAUCCUGCGCGAGGUGGAGACCGAGAAGAAUGACAAAGACAAGAAGAUCGCAGAGUUGGAAAGCCCCCCUCACUCUGCCCCUCGCCCCACUCCUCGUACUAGUGGCAGAGCCCCCCCUGACCCGCUCCCCCCGAUGUCCGCUGCCCCCCAACAGAUAGGGGGCAUGGUGUGGGACUUCCUGGGAAAACAAGGAGGCAAAGAGCCGUCCAAGAAAGGUACAAACAUCAAACUGGGACCCCAAGGGGACAAGAAAGGUUUGGGACCGGAUCUCCGUAAGGACGGCUCCUUAGAGGGCGGCCACCACUCCAAACUGGAGGACCUGAUGAACACACUCGAGAGGACCAGGCAAGAACUGGAUUCCACCAAGCAGCGGCUCUCGUCCACGCAGCAGUCGCUGCAGGAGCGGGACAGCCACCUCACCAACAUGAGGCAAGAGCGCAGGAAACAGCUGGAGGAGAUUCUAGAGAUGAAACAACAAGCUCUGCUGGCCGCGAUUAGUGAGAAAGACGCUAACAUUGCACUGCUGGAAUUGUCUGCCUCCAAUAAAAAGAAAACCCAAGAGGAGGUGAUGUCCCUGAAGCGGGAGCGCGACAAACUGAUGCAUCAACUUAAACAGCACACUCAAAGCAGAAUGAAGCUGAUUGCUGACAACUACGAAGACGAACAAUAUCAUCCGCACGGCCCACACCACCCGCAGCCCCAGGCCCCGCACCCCCAGCCGCAAUCUCAGACCCAGUACGCCCACCCUCAGCACACCCAGCAGGUCCCGUAUGCGCACGCCCCUCACAUGCAGCACCCGCAGCACCCCCAGGCCGCCCCGCAGCACCCUCACCCCCAGCAACCGCAGCUCCAGUAUCCUCACGCUCAACAUCCGCAACACCCGCAGCAGCACCCGCAACACCCUCAACCGGCCCCCCAGCACUCACAGCACCCGCGCCCCCCGCAGCCCCAGCACCCGCACCAACAGCACCUCCAGCAUCCCCCGCAGCAUCCGCACGGACAUCUUCCACCGAAUCACCCGCAUCCCCAACACCCACAUGGUCCUCUCCAACCGGGGCCUCACCCACAACACCCGCAUCCUCAGCACCCUCAGCAUCCUCAACACCCUCAGCAUCCUCAGCACCCUCAGCAUCCUCAGCCCCAACACCACGGGCAGCAUCCACGCCACCCGUCGCCUCAUCAUCGUGGCGGUCCGGGUCGAGGACCCCCACAUGCUGGACACCGCCCUUCCCAGGACCAGGUUAGAAGUCUCUCACGUUAUCAGGACGACGAGGAAGGAAUAUGGGCAUAAUCGUUGCUAUGACAACCAAAGUUCAAAUUAUUUUAAGGGGUGAGAUCUUAUUUUAUUUAUUUUAUUUUUUUUAAAUAUAUUUUUUGUUCCACUGUUUGCAGCUUUUACGUUGUUGACAAGUAAAUGGCUUGUUGUUCAGAUGACUCGGCCACUGCUGGGGGGGGGGUAAAGCAGCAAGAAGCCAAUGCUGAAUUUCCAGGACACUGAUGAAACAUUUGUUACCUUACUCGGCAAGGAGACCUUUGGAUGGGAGACAUUUGUUUUGUGUUAGUUUAUUUUUUUUAUUUUUUGUUAGUUAUUUGGGUGGAAUGGGGGUACCCCUGCGGUGUACAAGUCAGGCGCUGGGAGGCUGACAGCUGAGCGGGUGACCUUGGAGCAGACCUUCUCAGCUUUCCCAGCACAGAAAUACUGUAUGCUACGGACAUGAAGCGGCUAAGGAAAGACCCCGCUCCUCCCGCCUCCUUUUCCUCAUAGCUAUCUUUCCACACUUGCCCCCCUGCUGAACACGAGGCCUCCUCAGGAGGUCGCAAGACUAUUCUCCACCCGCUCAUGGCCCCGUAUUCUUCCAUCCUGGCUUCCUUCUCGUGAUUGCUUCAAGGUCACGGCCGCCUCAGCUGUCGACUAUCCCCCAAGCCUGACCAACUCCUUCGGAUCUGGCUGCUUCUACCAUGUCUUCAUCUUCAUUGCCCUCUCCCAAGUUGACAACCGAAUCCACGUCAUAGCGACUGGGAAUCCGAAAUAUCUGCGAUAACACCCACAAACGGACCUUGUUUGUAACUUUUUACUGGUGUCGCCUUUUUUUUUUUUUUUUCUUUUGAGGAACUGAUAUUCAACGUGUCCAAAAAGUAAGAAUAGUGCGUGCCACACAUGCAGACUUCGGUGGUCAUUUUUCAAAGAGGUGCCUUGAAAUGGACACGAGGGCCCUCCAGCUUGUUUUCGCUUGAGUUUGCCGUCAUCUUCAUAUUACCUCAUUUCAAUCCAACAAAGUGAAAACUAAAAAAAAAAAAAAAACAAUCUAUGCAGACGUCUGCGUUGCAUGAAUUCGUGUAACUCACUGUCUGUUUUCAAAGUGUAAUUACCCACCUAAUCAGAGUGGCCAAAAAAGCGAGUAGAAUCUGAUUAUUAUUAUAUCAAGAGACUAUGCACCUACGCACCUUUUCUUGUUCCGGGAUGUGUUUUUUUUUUGUUUUGUUUUGUUUUUUUAAACUUAUGGUGCUCCAGCUGCAGGUGCUCAAUAGAAAUUGUGUCAGUGGUUCAAGGGAGUCACCACAUGAACAAUUAGCAGUAGACAACUUUGUACAUAUGUCAGGAGGGGCACUUUGUGAAUCAAUUGAAGAACCCCAAAGAGACUCGAGAAUCCUCGAAAUACAACAACUAGGAAGACUUGUCCUGUAGCCCACCACCAGUCCUCCUUAGUCCAGUCCUCUUCCACAACUAGUCUUCAUCACAUCCCCGAACGUAGUGACCUGUUUCAGUCCCUCUCAUUAAGGUGAGUGACCUCCUUAAAAAAAAAAAAAAAGUAAACAUAUGAUAGAUAUGCAUAUAUUAUACAUAGAGAGAAUUUAUAGAGUGUGUUUAUGUGUGGUCAGAAAAUGGUUUCAACUGACAGGAUUUAAAAACAAAAAAUGUUUUUUUCUUUAUGGUUAUUUUUUAUAAAUGGAUCGGGGGGUUGGGGGGGGGGGGUGUUAAGUGCUUUUUGUACAUCUGGAGAAAAACCCUGAGUGGAGAUGAACAUUCCCUGUCUGAAAAUACAAACACCGUGCAAAAAAAGAAAAAAAUCCCCAAAAGAGCAGAAAUACUGAUCUAAAUCUUUCUAGAAAUUUAUUUUACAUUCCUUUUACCUAUUUUACAUUCCUUCGACUGUCUUAGUCCAGAGAUUUUAGAGUGAGUGUGAGUGACUUCAGGGGAGGCACAACAGCUUGAGGGCGAAAAAAAAAACAAUACUUUCCAUCUUCUUACAGUUUUGUGUCACAUCCUUGUGUCAGUUCGAGCUGGAAGAUACGGUAAGAAAAAAAAAAGCUCUGAAUACUUUUUAGGCUUUACUGUCGAUCGCAACCGUGUGUUUUCUUGCGGGAGGCUCACUGUUCCACACUUUGAAAAGCUCUGUCUUGGCCCACGUGCUCACACUAAAUUGGCCUGUGGCGACAAAUCAGGUCAAGAAAACAUAGCAGAACUUCAACAACUUCCAUCAACGCACCGAUGUGUUCUGCCCGUUUGGAAUUUCAUUUGCGGGUGAGGAGAUCACGAUGAACACGGGUGUGGAAUGAUUUCUGUCAGGAUCUGCUUUUUUAUUUAUUUUUUUACUUGUCGUCUCGUCUCACGCAAGUGGUGACAUAUGACACGUUAAUUAGACUGUUACGAAACUCCCCCCCACCAUUUCUCUUUUCUGCCCCUAUUGACACGGUUGUCUCUUCGGUAUUGGACCAAGCAUUGGCGGGUGCGUGUAUAUAAAUCGAAAUGUAUUUUUCCAAUCUCCCACAAUGAAGUCAUCAUCUGCUUCCUACGUGAAGCUUCCGUCGGCUGUCACUGACCGAGAGUCUUAGUUUGUGUUUGUGUUUACAAUUGUAAGGCAAAAUUAAUCACGAUAAGGUUGUGUUUUAUAGGGGAAGACAAUGCAAACAGAGGAGCAAAAAAAAAAAAGAAAGAAAAAAUUGAAAGAAAAAUCAAGAAAUGAAAUCCUCUCACUUUACCAUCAGGAGGGCUGAGGACGAAGCCUCCCUUUUCAGGUCCUUUAUCCACUGAAUACUUGAAGUAGGGGGUUCUCCUACCAUGAAAUAUAUCAUUUGCAUUUCAAAGGUGUCCAUUUGUGCAGAUGUAAUUAUUUUAUGAUUAUUUAUUUAUCUGUUGAUUUAUUUUUUUACAUUAUGUGCCAAUGGGAGUGUUGCCGGAAGAAAGGAUGUUGUGCUGUUGCUGUAUGCAGCCGGAUUCCUCCGCAGCAAGGUCAAUCAUUGACAAAUGCUGGGCAAAAAUACAGAGCACAUUUUUACUUUUUUUUUUUAACUGUACAAAAACCUUAUUAUGAACAAUUCACUGUGAACAAUGCCAGAAAUAUUCAAUUGUUUUUUCUCUUUUUUUUUGCAUUAAGUUCUAUUUUUAUUUUUUUUACUAUGGUUUUCAUUUGUCGCAGAUGCCAGAUCGGAGGCUGUACUCUUUGUAAACGUCAAUGUUCUGAGCUGUACAGUGCUGAGCUAUAGGAGCAAGUUCAAUGUGAGCGUCCAGCAUGCCGAAUGAUUCCUUGUGUGAAUGUGGAGCAUCAUUCCUCACUCUUGCAUCGUGGCAGUGUGAUGUCGGUGUUUGGGAGUAACGUGCGUUUCAUUGUGGCCCCCCUCUAGUAGACAGCCUGUGUCGUGAGAGAGCAGCAUGUUGCUGGUGUAAAUGUUUCUGAGAAAAGUGCUUGCGGAUGGGUGUGUGGACAUUUAUUAUUUUUUUAUGGCAAUGUGCGUCUGAGUGUGUGUAUGCGCGCAUUUGUGCGUAUGUGUGUGUGUGUUAAAAUACAUGAGAGUAAAAGUGAUGUAAAUCAAUGUAUCAAAGGAAGAACCUAUUAAAAAAAAAGAAGAAAUGAAAAACUAGGGAGAAAGUGUUGCCAGACGCAUGGAUCCUCUGUGAUGUUUCCUGUUUUUUCAAGCCUGGAGGCUCUCCUCUGUGCCCCGGUUUGCUAUUGUAUGUGCUGUAACCGAAUAUUACUAUUGAGUGUUGGCCAGCUUGUUUAUAUCCAUCAAAUAAAAGUGACUUUCUUUCUGUCAA